CUCUUUGGGAAGCGAAAGGCUGGCGGCCUCCCUCCUCUUUCUCUUUCCCCUCCUCCUCCUCCUCCUCCUCCGCUUCUUCUCCUUCUUCCAAGGGCCAGGCCUCUCUAUAAGAAGCCUGGGCACCUCCAGCGGGAGAAACUCACUCUCCAGCCGGUGCUCCUGGUGCGCAAUCCCCAGCUCUCCCCAAAAGUCGCCAUGCAGCCCUCCUUCUGGCUCCUUCUCGUCCUCCUCGCCUCGGGCGUCGCUUCGGAGUCGGUGAGAGAAACUGAGACUAUGGACCCACAACUGUAUACUGAGGAAUUUCCUUCUGGUGACUUGCCAGAUGAUGAGGACUCAAGAACUGACUUCAUCAUCGAUGAAGAAGAUAGUUCAGGUUCAGGAGAUGGAGAAGGUUUUACAGAUACUGAGGAUGAUUUGAGUUCAAUCACUGACAGUCCUUCAGUCUUCAUGGACAAUUAUAUCCCUGAUUCCAAAACAGAAACCAAGGAUAGGAGUGAAUCUGCUGUGAUAGACAAUGAGAUUAUAAUUCCUAAAAAAGAUACACCCCCUGAAGGAGAAGACUUGCCUAACAAGAUCUCUUUGGCCAGCACAGCCAGUGGCAGCGUUCUUGAGAGAACAGAAGUUCUUGCAGCUCUCAUUGCAGGUGGAGCAGUUGGGUUGUUGUUUGCUGUCUUCCUGAUUCUCCUCCUGGUUUAUCGCAUGAAGAAAAAGGACGAGGGCAGUUACGACCUUGGCAAGAAGCCAAUCUACAAGAAAGCGCCUACAAAUGAAUUCUAUGCCUAAGACUUGCCAAUACCACAAUAAUCCACUUGGGAGUCAGAAGCAUACUUUGUUUUUUGUUUUGUUUUGGGUUUGUUUUUUUAAAAGCAUUUGGACCAUGGACAAGAAGCUCUGAAACAAAUGCACUCUUGGAUCUAAUGUCAAAGUGAUUUUUAAAAAAUCUUUCUUUGUGACUCUUCCCAAUAACUAAUGAGGAUGCAGAGUAAAAAGGCAUAGUUGUGGGGGGACCCCAUGUGGGGGUAUGCCUGUCUUCUAAAAUGCAAAGCAAACUUGCCAAAUUGUAUAUUUGGUUGGAUAGGGGGGGGGGGUUGUAUGUUUGCUUCGGUUGUAGUGCUCCAGCUUGCCUUGUUUUGUUGAAGGUUUAAAUUCUGACUAUAAGACUGUCCUGUAACAGGCCAGCCAAUGUAAGGCAUUUAAAAUAAUAAUAAUAAUUAAGAGCUUAUUUAUGAAAUGCCCUACAUGACAGUGUAAAUUAGUCUUAGAGGCUCUGUGGACCUCUGGGCCUUAGUCUGAGGAAUGUAAAGAACUGAUUGCUACAAAAAGAAAACAUUGUGGGAAGAGGAGAAUCUCUCCCAUAUUUGGAUGGAGUUUUCAUUGAAGAAACACCUUUUUUGUUGUUUAAAUGAAACCCUCUUCUGAAAAUUAAAAGUUAAACAUAGCCUGCCUAUACAAGUUUGUAGAAAAGAGUCCUAAAUUUAUAUUUUCUCAUAAGGCUAAAUUUUUUAAUUCCUUAUUUCCUCUUGUCAGAUUUCUCUGUAGAUGACUGGCAUUUCAUAUCACCCAUUGCCUGAACUACAGCAGCAAUUACAAUAUGUUACAGCUUUCUAAGCUCAUAUCAUAGCUUAUUCUAGGGAACUGAGAAGAAAAUAUUUAUAUGUUUUUCCAGAAUAAAAAGCAAAGAUGUGUUUGAUUUUUUAAAAAAUAGAACUAUUUAUAGUUUCUAAGAUGGCUGCUCUGUUUUUUGUAACUCUUCUUUUUAUAUGUAAAACACUAAUAUAAUGAAACCUCCUAAUGAUUGUGAAAACUAUUUAAGCUUUAUACUGUGUAUUAUACCCCUAAGGCAAUAACCUCUGUUAGAAUUAAUGUUUAUAUGCAAGAUCAGAUUUCAUUGAACAUGACUAAAAUAUAAGGGGGGAGGGGGAAUGUUUUUUAGCUUUGUAAUAUAUUAUCAAUGCUAUAGAGCUUUAUUUUUUCAGUAAAGUGCACAAUUUUUAUAAACAUACUGGAAUGGGUUUUGUGCAGCCUUCCUACAUGGGUGAUGGUUUACUUUCUUUGACCUGGGGAGUUAUUUGAGUGUCUUCUGAAUGGAGUAAUCCCUCCUCAUUUAGUGCUAACUAAUGGCAGUUGAGUAUUCAGUUAGAUGAGUUGAGAUCUAAGCUUUUGCUCUUGGAUUUCUUGCACACACAGCAUCAGUUCUGCUGCUGGGAACUUGGAUGCUACUUGCCCUCACACUUUGUUUAGCUGAAUCCCAGCUGUAACUCUUCUGGCCAGUUCAAGGGUAACACAGAGAACAUACUUUGAAAGCACCUGGUACAAACAAUGUCUUCUCUGCAAGUUGUCUUUCCAUUUAAGGCAAACACUAAGAGAUUCUGGUAUUAUAGCAAGCCCUAAACAAGAUUGUUUAGAAUAUGAGUUUUUUGGAAUUUUGAAUAUCAUGUUCCUUUUUCUCUUCUAGAGAAGAUGUCCUUUGGGAAUAUAUCCCCUCUCCCAAGAGAGCCUGCUGAAUUUAUUUGAUGUGCUGAUAUUGGCAUGUUCAGGGGAGGGUUCUUAAUCUAUCCAUGCCUGUAGCAGAAUAUUACAGAAUAGCAUUGAUGGCAUUGUAUAUGAGAAUAGAAGGAAGUGGAAAACUGGUACAUCAGAUCUGAGUUCAUGUCCUCAUUCACAGGGUGUUGAUGUAGUUUGGUGCUAUAACUAGACUAUCAUGUGAACUGCUUUCUCAGUGCAGUGUUAGAGGAUCAGGUUGUAUAUAUUUGUGAAUUUCAGUCAUUUCAAAAGUUACUUUUGAAUACCCCACUAGGUUUUUUGAUGUAAUCAGAUUGUAUCAGAACUGAUAUCUUAUCCUUUUAAUUUUUUUUCUCUUUGAAGGGAAUAGCCCAUACAACAGAGCAUGUGAAUGCUUUGUAUUUUAACUUGCCAUGCAUAGGAGUAAGCACUGCAUUGCACAAGCCAUCUCUAAUCACACAAAACCUGACAUAACCUUGCACUUUUAUCCAUUUGCAGCUUUUGAGCUGUAGCUUUUAAAAACCUUAAAUAUUCUUACGCCUGAGUUCCUCACCCUUAUGUUAAUAAAAGUGAUCCAUCAAUGCUCUCUUCCAAUACUUAGAGCACCAUAGAAUUGGUCUUCCAGUUUUUCUUUUGACAACAAAUUCAUUUUAUGAUUUUUAUCACAUCCUUCUGGGAUUGCUACAAUGAACAUAUGGGUAAAGUUAUGUCUCUGCAAAAUUCUACUCUGGUAUAAGCACAAGUCCUUUAAAACCUUGCUUCUGCAAUUUGUUUAGUUUGGCACAGGGGAACUGGGAGGAGUAUGUAUUUAACACCUUUCUAUAACUAUUGCUUGGAAAACAUGAAUCCCAUGACUGCCUCUGAUUGCUUGGAUUAUAUUUCUUGUAUAGUUGCUUUUGUUUUCACUGUCACUGAUUUGAUAAAAUAAACUGGUAAUUUCUAAAA